AUGGCCUGCUGCUACAUUGCAGCCUCAUUCAUAGCUUUCAUUAUCCGAAGCUGCGAUGCUCUCGAUAUCAAUUUACAUCUCCAGUACAACGAAUCAGUGGAGCACAGCUAUGAAGACGAAGAAGAAAUGGUUCAGGGCGAUUCCAUCGAGAAAUUAGAUCCUUCUGGCGUGACCAUUGUGUCUAUUAUUGGAAUGACAUGCGCCGCGUGUACAUCAACAGUCGAAUCGGCAUUGAAGGAGGUGCACGGUAUUAACGAAGCAUUGGUCUCCCUGCCAUUUCAAGAAGCGAGAGUAUUGCAUGAGCCGGCAGUACGACAGAAGGAAAUAAUUGAAGCAAUUGAAGCCGUGGGCUAUGACGCAGUUGCCGGGGAAAGAGCUGCCGAGCAGAAAAUUAAUACUCUUCGACACACCGAGGAACUUACGACUCUGCGUGAAUCCCUAAAAGGGCUGUCUUUGUACUCGGGCGCCAUCUUCACUCUCGGCACACUGCUGGAAUGCUCCGGGUGGCAUAUGGCGCUGAACACCGCCCCAAUAAGGCUCAUACGACCCAUUGUCCUCUUUUCUCUAACGCUUGUAGCUGCUACCAAAUAUGGUCGCUGGAUUUUCCGGAACGCAGCAACUGCAGGAAUACAUCUCCGUGUCAAUAUGCACACACUCAUUGCUGCAUCCACGGCAGUGGGUCUGAGCCUAACGUUUCUGAACAUGCUCAGCAUGAACGCUAGGACAGAUGCGCUAUACUUCGACACCAUCAUCGGGGUAUUACUGAUCGUAACUGUUGGAAGAUAUAUGGACUUACUUUCGAGGCGGAGAGCCACGGACACCUUCGCCGGACUUUACUCGCUUUUGGAUCAGACAUCUAAUGUGAAAAUGGCAAAGCUUGACAAGCGCGUCCCUGCAUCCAUGGUUCGAUCAGGCGACGAGAUAGUCAUCGAUGCGUUCAAUAUCGUGCCGUGCGACUGUUAUGUGGUCUCCGGUAAAUCGCAUGUCAAUGAAGCAGUGAUCACCGGCGAGCCACUACCAAAACCUAAAGAAGAGGGCGAUCUGCUCCUUGCAGGCUCACGAAACGGCCCCGCACAACUCCGAGCACGCGUAAAUCAGGAUCUCAAGGGCUCAUUCCUUACGCAACUUGUUCGUAGCGUCGAAAACUCAUUGUCAGCGAAGGUUUCUGUACAGCAUCGAAUCGAUGUCAUCACGCAGUACUUCGUCAGUGGCAUCUUCGCUAUAGCAAUCCCUACAGCGAUCUACACCUUUGUGGCAACUUUUCGCGCUGAAGAUAGUUACGUCGACGCAUUAGACGCAGCCGGUCGGAAGUUGAUGACUAUCCUCGCUGCUGCCUGUCCCUGCGCGUUGGGUCUAGCAACCCCUUGUGCAGUGAUGGCUGGUAUAGAUGUAUCGUGGCGACGAGGCAUGCUCAUGCUCGAGGGUGGGGAUACCAUGGAACGCCUUCAAACAAUUACCCACGUCGUAAUGGACAAGACUGGUACUCUGACAAAAGGUACGCACUCUGUCACUGACAUGUCCAUUAAUGGACGCUGGAAGGGAAAGGAACAAUUGCUGGCGACCCUGGUCUGUGCAGCCGAGGAGCACGGCAUGUCUGCACAUCCACUUGCACUAGCGAUCUUCAGACGACUCCUACCCAUAUCUGAGGAUAUGUGGAGUAAGUACCAGGACGUUGGCGGCGCACGCAAGCCCCUGGAGACCGCUGGACGGGGCGUGAAGUGCGAGGUCAAUCCUGGCGAUGGACUGUGGCGAGCUGUUAGCGUGGGCAACCUCGCAUGGAUGAAGGACAACAACGUGAAGGGCGUUGAAGUGCUCCCUGUCAAGGUCGACAGUGAAGGCUCAACCGUAUUUGUCGGAAUCGAUGGGGACAUAGCUGCCAGUAUUGUCUUACAGGAUGCGUUACGGCCCGACGCGAAGGCCACGAUCGAUGCCUUGAAGGCACAAGGCCUUACGAUUUCAAUGCUUACGGGUGACCAGCCCGUGGAAGCAUGCCGCAUCUCGAACGAGUUAGAAAUACCCGUUAGGGGCUCUGCGGCCACCCCAGAUGUGAAGGUCAAGCACAUCAAGUCCAUCCAAGAAAAAGGUGGCAAAGUCCUGAUGAUUGGCGACGGAAUGAAUGAUGGCCCAAGCCUCGCAACCGCGGAUGUUGGAGUUAUGAUCUCGAAUGGUCGCAAGUGCUUGACAUCUGGAGGAAGUGUACUACUUCUUCAACCACAGCUCGAUUCCAUCUUGACGCUGCUAGAAAUCUCGCGGAAAACGAUGAAGCAGGUAUCGACUAAUAUACGCUGGGUUAUUGCUUAUAACGCGAUAGCGGUCGCACUUGCCAUGGGUUUAGGUUCACCUCUUGGGAUCUCCAUAACCCCACCGAUAGCGGCUGGCAUGAUGUCGGUAUCUUCAUUGUUCAUCACAGUACAGGGUCUGCUCUUGAGAGGAAGACUG